AUGGGGGACAAUCCGGCACGGUUAUAUCGCUUGGACGGAGUCGCUCAUAUAGCCGGGGUCAUCAACGAGGAGCCCCAGCGAUGCAUUAGAAGCAUGCGGCGGCAGCAGGGCAUGCGACUUGAUGACAGAUACGUUCCGUACUUGCAGAUGGCAGGUCUAUACCAUCUUGCAAGGCUGAACAACCGAUGGUUCCGGCUAGACGAGGCCCUUGUCAGUGCAUUCGUGGAGCGAUGGCGUCCCGAGACGCACACGUUCCAUAUGCCGUUCGGAGAGUGCACGAUCACACUCCAGGACGUGGCAUACCAGCUGGGUUUGCCAGUGGACGGCCGUUACGUGAACGGUCAGGUUCAGAAGUACGCAGUGAACUGCAGCUGGUUUCAGGAGACUUUCGGUGAGUGCCCUGAGGAUGCAGAUGAUGACACUGUGCGCCGAUAUGCCCAUGCGUACAUCAUGAUGUUGUUGGGCACGCAGAUGUUUGCGGACAAGUCCGGGAACCGGAUUCACAUCAGAUGGCUUCCGUACGUAGCGAGGCUGGAGGAGCUGGGUACCUACAGCUGGGGUUCUGCAGCACUGGCUUGGUUGUACCGGUGCAUGUGCCGAGUGGCGAACAGACAUGUCGUCAAAUGGUCAGGUUACAACCCUUCCGGGAGCGAGAAGGGUCCUAGAGUGCAGAUGUGGAGGCUCAGGAUAGACCGGUUACAGGACAGGGAGUUUAUAUGGAUGCCGUACAGUGGCCCCGACGUACUUCAGGUUGUGCAUCCAGAGGUUUUGGAGCCUCGACAUAUGGCGUUGUGGCGCUCUGUGACCGCGCUGAUCUACUUUGCUGUCAUAGAGUGGCAUCAGAUAGAUCGUGUUCUUCCGCAGUUUGGAGGGGUGCAGCCCCCUCCGCAUCCCGCCCUGAACAUCGACUUUCUGAUGUCGAAGGACGGGAGAGGCGGCGAUCGAUGGUUCCCGUCUACUUUGCAGAAGUGA